UGUUCCUUACCUGUCACUUUGCUACUAAUCUCUGGAAAUGGCUUCAGCCUCUGAUCCAUUACUCCAUCAAUUGCAACUUCAUUCUCUCUCUGUUUGAUGUUUGUCAGAGAGGUUGGAGUUCACAAUGCAAACUUACCAUCAUCUCAGCAAUCAUCUAUAUUCUGAAUGCUAUCUGGUCUUGUAUGAACUUUUUUAGAUUCUAAAGGUGAAAAACCAAAUAUGAAAUCAACAAUAACGCAGAUUAUAGCAAAUGUAUCUAUAGCUGGCAACCUUACCAAGUUAGCUACUGGUCCUACAAUUAGAGAUUUCACUAUGUUAAGGGCUUUCAAAGUGAAUACACAUCAUCCUAAUGCACCUAAGAUAACUGAAGUCAUAUGGAGCCCCACAAUAUUGCACUGGAUCAAGUGCACACUGAUGGAGCAGCUCUUGGCACCACCGGUCAAGCAGCUUGUGCAGGUAUUUUCAGAAACUGAAAUGGAGAAAGCCUUGGCUAUUUUGAAGAUUGCAGAUGUAGAGAGUCUCACAUAUAAGAGAGAAGUUAAUUUGUCAUAUAUGAGUGAGUAUGUGGUAAGAAUAAUAUAAGUGAGAUGACUCACACAUAAUGCUUUAAGGUUUUAACUGAACAUGUGGUGUUCGUCUCACUUUUAUGGUUUCUAUUAAUGUAAUGUGAUUGUUCAACUCAGUUAAUGCUCCCCUGAAAAUCACAACAUUAUGAUAAACUAUUUUAUUUGUUUUA